CCAGUUGUGGAGUAAGAGUUUUUUUCACGAACACAUUUUAAUGUCAAAGGUCAAUAAGCUGCUAUCGGGAAGAUGUUAUCAGAAGUCCCAUUCAUCAUGAGAGUCUCCCAGUCGAGGACAAACAUUCAGCUCCUAUCCAAGAUCCCUCCGUUGUGCUGCUGGUACCAAGUCAGAGGCUACAAACACCACAAGCACAAGAGGGCCGAGCCACGGACCAAUCUCUACUCGGUCCUGGGAGUCACACCCAAAGCCACCCAGUCCCAGAUCAAAGUGGCUUACUACAAGCUCUGUAAGGUCUACCACCCAGACGUCAACCCGGGCAGUAGCAUCGCACAGGAUCGCUUUGCUGCCAUUAGCGAGGCCUACAGCGUCCUUGGCAACGUGAAGCUACGACGGCGCUACGAUCGCGGAAUCUUUACGGAGCGGGACUUGCACAGCGAGAGCAAAGAGAAAGCGGCACGACAAGAGAAAGAUCAAGCGAGGGGCUUCAGCGUCUACUACAACACGCACGGCGAGCGCAUGUUCGAUUUCGACGAGUUCUACCGGGCGCACUACGCCGAGGCCCGGCAGAGAGAACAACGGGAGCGCGAGCUACGCAAGCGGCGGUCGGAGGCAUGGCGUAAAGAGCAAGAAGAGAUGCGAACACCACUGUGGAUGACCGUCAGUUUAUGCUGUGGGGCGUUGGCGUUGUCAACGUGGUUUUUACGGAAAAUUUGACCAGACAGAAAUGUGUACUAUAUUGUAACUUUUUAAUUUAUAUCUGAAAAAAAAAAAGUUUUUAGAUUGAUAAAAAAAGGUGUGAGAAUUU